CCGAGACCCUCCCCCUCCCCCCCAUCGAGGUGGCAGCAGCAACGGAAGAUGGAGGUAACGCAGAUGCUGGUGGUGUUGCUGCUGUUCGGGUUGUUAGCCCUGCUGAUAGUGGCGCUCGCAGCGCAGGGCCGGAAACAGUGGAACAAGAAAUCCCGCAGCCACAGGGACGAUGGGAAAUCAAAUGGAAUUUCAUUCCAUAAAUGCCAAGUGCACAAAAAACAAAAGCAACGACACCGGAAGGAAAAGCCUCACCAACACAUUUUUAUCCAUGCUCUUCAGGCCGCCGUCUUGAAGAGCCAUGGCGGGAAUGUCACUAGCAUGGACUUCAGCAACAACGGUAAAUAUUUGGCAACCUGUGCCGAUGACCGCACCAUCCACAUCUGGAGCACCAAGGACUUCCUGCAGCGUGAACAUCGCAGUCUUCGAGUUAAUGUGAAAUUGGACCAUGCCACCUUGGUGCGCUUCAGCCCUGACUACAGAGCUUUGGUCACCUGGCUGGCUAAUGCAGACACUAUCCGUAUUUUCAAGAUGAGCAAGAAAGAAGAUGGUAGCAAUAGUUUCCAGCCUAUUGCAGACGACUUUCCUAAGAGGCACAAGGCACCAGUCAUCAACAUUGGCAUUGCCGAGACAGGAAAGUUCAUCAUGUCUGUCUCCAGUGACACUACAAUCAUCAUUUGGACGCUCAAGGGGGAAGUGCUAUCCAUCAUCAACACGAACCAGAUGAACAACACCUAUGCAGUCAUCUCCCCUUGCAGCCGAUUUGUGGGUUCGUGUGGCUUCACUCCAGACGCUAAAGUUUGGGAAGUUUGCUUCAGCAAAAGUGGGCAAUUCCGGGAAGUGGCCCGUGCCUUUGAACUGAAGGGCCACACCGCUGGCAUCCACUACUUGGCUUUCUCCAGCGACUCCUGUCGGAUGGCGACCAUCUCCAAGGAUGGGACAUGGAAGUUGUGGGCCACAGACGUAGAAUACAAGCUGCAGCAAGACCCCUAUCUCCUGUUGACAGGCCUGUAUGAUGAGGCAGCCACCAUGCCUUGCAUCCUGGCCCUCUCUCCAGAUGCCCAGGUCUUGGCUCUGGCCAGCAGCAACAACAUACGGCUCUAUAACACAAAGCGAGGCGAGGAAGAAGAGAACUUCUACAAGGUCCAUGGGGAGCGGGUGGCCGAAAUGACCUUUGACACCACAGGUCGGUUCCUGGCUUCCUGUGGUGACAAGGUGGUGAGGGUCUUUCAUAACACCACUGGCCAGAGGGCCAUAGUGGAAGAGAUACGGGGACUCCUCAAAAGAGCCCCCACCGAGACCACCCGACAGAGGCUGAAUCAGCAACUGAUCCAAGCCCAGGCUACUCUCAAAAAGCUAGGGGCCGUGAAGGUCUGAGCAAAGAAAAGUUGGACUUCGAAGGGAGCAGUGAGAGAUGAGGGAUCCGAGCCAUAGAUGCUCCUGCUCCCCCCUCUCUCUGGGCCCAGGAAAGCCUUGAAACGGGGGCAUCCUCAUAGGAUCUCCCGCUUGUUUCUCCCCUUUCCUUGCCCCUACCCACUUCUGCCUCACUAGACAUUGUUUGGGCUGCAGACCAACACUAACCGCCCUUCCACCAGCCGAGGCCUGGUCCCAGGUCUCUGAAAACAUUCCAUGUUAGCAUUCUGGCACCGGGAGAAGAGAAAAUCUUUCUAGUCCCCCAGUUGUGUGACUCCAGGCCCAUGAGCCCAUUGUCUUGGCAGCUGCCUUUGUGCAUAAGGUAGUAAUUAAUUAUGGUGCUUUCUGUUCUGGGUCCAAGGCACAGAUUCCAGCCAGACUUGGAGGGAAAGAGAAGUGAGCGGACCAGGUGGAGGGUCAAGUCAGAAUGAACUUUUGUGGCAGCCCAUUUAUAGGCAUGAUUAGAGAUAAGGACCAACUUUCAUUGAAGGGCAGAAUGGGCAGGUGCUUUAUUUCCAAAUAAAAGAGCUAGGGCCAAGAGAUGUCAAAGUUGGGUCAUUAUUUACCCAUGAUUCUUGGCUUGGGGGCAACCCAGGCAGGCCACUAACUCUUCUGUUCUGUUUUCUUCCAUUCCAUAGUUUGUAAAAGUUGAGGAACGAUACCCACCUGUUAACCUACCUCACAGGGGUGUUGUGAGGGUGGAUGAGAGUGUGUCACGUGCUUCCGUUUUGGACAAAAGAUGCUAAAGCUUUCAAUA